AUGGCGUCCCCGCCUCCCUUUCCAACGCCUGAGCGCGUCCCCGGCCUCUCCUUCGCCCCCCAAGACGACGAAUUGAUAACCCGCUACCUCGGCCCCAAGAUCGCGCGCCAGCCGCUCCCUGCCGCCACCGCCGAUUUCAUCCAUGAAACCGACGUUUACGCCGCCGAUCCAGCCGCUCUCUGCGCCGGCUUCCCUCCGGCGUACUCGGGGAUCGACGAGAGCAGCAAGAUAUGGUACUUCUUCACCAGCCCGAAGGCCAAGAACAGCCGUGGCAGUCGGAAAUCGCGGACUGUCGGGGAAAACCAGGGCACCUGGCAUUCCGAGAGCCGGAAGGACGUGUUCGCCGGGAAGGAGAAGGACCGCCUCGUAGGUUACCGCCGGAGCUUUAGCCACGAGACCAGCAGCGGCGGGAAAUCUGGGUGGCUGAUGAUGGAGUUUGGGGUUGGCGCCAAUCAAGAAGAUGGCCCGGUCGUUUGCAAGAUUUACAAGACCCCUCGCCCUGCCACGGCCGGAUGCUCAAGCUCAGCGCGCAAGAAGAGGAAGGCCACGGAUCCGGCGGCACCAUCAGCUCGCGUGAGGCGGCGGCUCAACUUCCGUUCCCCUCCAGCGACUCCUAAUGAUGAUUUCUUGAACGAAUCCCAAAGGCAGUACUCGGAGGCAGAAGAACAGACACCAGCGUUCGAUCCCAUCUCCUUCUUGGCCGAUGGCCACGCCCUUUCCACUGUGAACUGCUACGACACAUCCGUAUUCCGUCCAAGGCGACUGGCCGACUGCUCCUGA